AUGAAAAGAAAAAAAAAAAGAAGAGUUCGAUUUGGAAAUAAGACGAAGAAAAGGAAGGGAAAAAGUGAAACACAAAGACGGGACCAGGCAGGCGUGCUGCGUCCCUGUUUUGUUUUGUUUUGUUUUUUUUUUAAAAAAUUCCCAUCCAUCCUUCUUUUUUCCAUCUCGUUUUUUCUUCUUUUUCUUUUUCUUUUUUUAAAAAAAAAUUAUCAAUCAGAAGAGUCCUCUCAUAAAUGCACCAUACGGCAGUGGCGCAUAAAACACUGCGAACAAAUUCGUCAUAUUAAUUUUCGUCAACUGCAUCCAUCCAUCGAAGUUAUUCCACUUGCAAGGUGUGUGGAAAGAAGAAGAAGAAGAAGAAAAAAAAAAAACGAAAACAAACAGAAUGAAGUUUCGCUUUCCACUGCUACACCACAUCACGGCACCUAA